AACUGUUUCGGAACAAAGAAAUCCAGUCAGCCAAACAGACCCCAAUUCAACUUCUCGGAUGAGAGAGAGAGACGCACACAGAGAAAACCUCCUUCGGCCUUAGAGCUUCUUCAUGAGUGCUUCUCUGUCCUUUUUUCGCAGACCCAAAAAAACUGUGACAUUUGGAUUGCUUGCUGAUUGCUGAUUGCUCAUUGAUGAUUGAUUACUGGAUGCUCAGGUCUUCCAUGUCCAGAAGAACCCAAUUCGCCAAACAUCCCGCUUUGAUGCUUUAUGGUAUGAGUUUCUUCUCUCAGUGAUCCCUUUGUGUGCCUCAGAGCUCCAGAUUGUAUUUCUGGAACGGUUGCUUUGAAUUGAUUGUAAGUCGUCUAGCUUUGACUUAGCUUACAGUACGUCAAGGUCUUUUACCCUAUGGCUCGGAAGGGUAACCAACAGAAGAAUGCUGUAGAUCACCAGACAUCAAAGCACAAAAAGAAGGGUCCAGAUUCAGGGUGUACACUAGGAGAAACGAAAGGGCAUGGGAAAGCAAGUGAGGUGAAAGUUUUCCCUGGAGAAGAACUGCCAAAUGGUGACCAGCCAAGCAGUCCUCUUUCAGCCAGUUCGAGUAAAACCAAUCAUCCUGUGGAGGAGAAUAAAAGCAAACAAAAAUCUGGAAAGUCUUUGAGGAAAGAGAAGCAAGGUAUGGAUGCAAUGCAGGGUCCAGAGGAGUCAAGUUCUUUACGGAGUGAUUUAGGAGAUUGCAACGUAAACAAUGAAGCUCCAAGCAUGAGAGAAGAAAAUGGAACAUUACCUCCGAGCCACUUACGCCGAAAACAUACAAAAAGAAAAUCUGGUUCCUCUCUGAAUAGAUGGCAUAUGAGAACUUUGAUGGCUUGGUUAGAGUUUUCAGAUACCCGAUUGUUUAGAAACUUGAAGGCAUCAGCAUUGCCAUUCUUGAAGAUGGCUAGUGAAUGGUUGCAGAGGCACGAGCCAAUGUUUCUUACUGUAAAAAGUACGGCACUAUAUGCCCGUGAUUAUGUCAAAACAAAGUUUGAGCAGGCAUAUCCAAUUGUUUUGAAGUGGCUUAUGCAGUUUGGGGGUAUAUUGUUUCUUUUAUCAAUGGCCUGGUUGGAUUGUACCGUAAGGGGCAUUGAUAGCUUAGCUCGGAUGGGAACAACAUCCUUCUUUUCAGUUAUAUGGUGCAGCAUUCUCUCAGUAGUUGCUAUGGCCGGGAUGUUCAAGUUUCUGAUUGUAUUGGUCUUUGCUGCUUUAAUUGGACUUUUCGUUGGGUUAAUGCUCUCGAUUUUGGUGGUUGCUUUUUGUGGAGCUCUUUUGUUGUGGUUCUAUGGAAGCUUUUGGACAACAGGAUUUGCAAUCUUCUUAGGAGGUUUGGCAUUCACACUGAGCCAUGAGCGUAUUGCCCUGUCCAUUGCCACUGUGUAUUCAGUUUAUUGUGCUUGGACAUAUGUUGGAUGGCUGGGUUUGCUUUUGGGGUUGAAUUUGUCUUUUAUCUCAAGUGAUUGUCUGAUAUAUUUCCUAAAGAACAACGUAAAUCAGCAGAGAAGACCCAACGGAUCCCCUGAACAAACAUCUGGAAUUCCAGGUCAACCAGACUUCUUUAACAGUGAGCAGGCACAUGCUUCAUCCUCCGAAAAUGUUCCAUUGUUUUCUGCCGAUCGUAGCCAAGGAGUACCCUCAACCAGUAGCACUGAUUCUGAGAUAACCUCUGAAGAUGAAGUUGUUCGGCUGUUAAACUGUACUGAUCACUAUUCCGCAUUAGGAUUUUCUCGAUACGAAAAUGUAGAUGUUUCUUUACUGAAGCGGGAGUACAAGAAAAAGGCAAUGUUGGUCCAUCCUGAUAAAAAUAUGGGAAAUGAAAAAGCUGCUGAAGCUUUCAAGAAACUUCAGAAUGCAUAUGAGAUUUUGCUUGAUUCCUUGAAGCGAAAAACAUAUGACGACGAAUUAAGGAGAGAGGAACUGCUGAACAUUUUCUGUAGAUUUCAAAGUACUUCACAAAAGAAUGGAGGGCAUGGUGUUUCCCCUGGAUUUGCACACCCGGAAGCCGAUGGUGAAGACCCAUUUGGGGAUUCAAGGAGAAUCUCCUGCAAUAAGUGCGGCAAUUUUCAUGUCUGGGUGCUCACCAGGAAAUCAAAAUCUCAAGCACGGUGGUGCCAGGAUUGCAAAGAUUUUCAUCAAGCAAAAGAUGGUGAUGGGUGGGUUGAACAAUAUUCCCAACCCUUCUUCUUUGGAAUGUUGCAGAAGAUAGAUGCUCCAUCCGCAUUUGUUUGUGCUGAUAGCAAGAUAUACAAUGCUACUGAGUGGUAUAUUUGCCAGGGUAUGAGAUGUCCAGCCAACACUCACAAGCCAAGUUUUCAUGUUAACACUAGUGUGACCUCUAAGCAUAAUACUGGAAAGGGAACAAGUUCGGGGCAAACAGGAGGUCGGAUGCCAACAUCGAACUUGGAAGAAAACAUGACAGAGGAAGAAUUCUUUGAGUGGUUACAGAAUGCAGUGCAAACUGGCACGUUUGAAAAUUUUGGUACCGGCACCUCCACUGAGAGCCCAUCUGCCAAAUCUGCACCUGGUACCAAGAGCGGUGGCAGCACCAGUGGCAGUGCUAACAAGAGAAAGAAAAAGGGAAAGAAAUGAAGAGAUGCCUGAGGAAGUUUGACAUCAUUAAUCAUAAGUAUAGAAUCCAAUCACCAUUAGUCUGCAACACCGGAGAGCUUGUAUUACCGUCUCAUCAUUCUUAAUCGUCUUCAUUUCUUCCAUUAUUUCCCCAUUUUCACAAGAACGUGGACCGCUAUAAGAAAAUUCGAGCUGCCAAAAAUUAGGGUAGUUUACAUUUUCGUGGCGGGUCAAGGCAAUAAUGUUGUUGCACUGCCUACAUUUUGCACUUGGGUUUGUGUAGGGAGAGAAACUGGUUGGACGCAAGGAGUGAUGAAAAAGCAAGUGAUGUUGGGCAGUGCAUUACUAUGUAUAUGGAGUUUAUGAAACCAUGUAAUCUGAUGGUUAGCUAUUUACCUCAUGGGAUGAACCCUAACGAAUAUGAUAAACCGGGACGGAGUCGAUGUACUCCUUGUUAUGCUCCCGAUAUGAUCACUUUGGUGGUUCAGCUUUGAAAUUGUGGUGUCGGAAUUGGUUUUUCGAUCUCCGAUGUGAAUUUGAUUCUUGACAGGGCACCUAAUUAGGGUGGCAAUGGAGAUUGAAAUGUAUUGAUGCUAA